UCAAAAAACCAUAAUAAGUGCCACAACAAGACCGGGGCUUAGCAGCUCACCAACCAUAACCAAAAACAGCAGCACUAGUUAUGAAUGUGAUAACGUCCUGAGUGAAGGGCUUUCAUUCUUCACUGAACACAGAAUUAUCAUAUAUUCUUCCCUCUCAAUGAACCAGUACUGUGAACUAGUCUAGUCUGAUGGGUAUGGCUACACGUGUCCCCUUUGUCUCCGCUACCCUUUCUCCCAACCAAUGUCAUAAAUACUGCUUACCUUCCUCAUUAAAGCUGCUGACCUCUCUUCAAUUUUCUCAUUCUUCUUCACUGUCACUUGCAACACACAAGAGGGUGAGAACUAGAACCAGUGUUGUAGCCAUGGCUGACUCAUCCAGGAGCACUGUGCUUGUUACUGGAGCUGGGGGUCGCACAGGAAAAAUUGUUUAUAAAAAAUUACAAGAGAGGUCAAGCCAAUAUAUAGCUAGAGGUCUGGUUCGAACAGAAGAAAGUAAACAGACAAUUGGUGCUUCGGAUGAUGUUUAUGUUGGGGAUAUCAGAGACACUGGAAGUAUUGCUCCUGCAAUUCAAGGGAUAGAUGCUCUCAUAAUCCUAACAAGUGCAGUGCCACUAAUGAAACCUGGGUUUAAUCCAACCAAAGGUGAAAGGCCAGAGUUCUAUUUUGAAGAUGGUGCAUACCCUGAACAGGUGGACUGGAUUGGGCAGAAAAAUCAAAUAGAUGCUGCUAAGGCUGCAGGAGUUAAACAGAUUGUGUUGGUGGGUUCUAUGGGUGGAACAGACCUUAACAAUCCUUUGAAUAGCUUGGGCAAUGGAAAUAUAUUGGUUUGGAAAAGAAAGGCUGAGCAAUAUCUGGCUGAUUCUGGUAUUCCAUACACGAUUAUAAGGGCUGGUGGGUUACAAGACAAAGAGGGAGGUGUUCGGGAACUCAUCAUAGGGAAGGAUGAUGAGAUUCUCAAGACUGAAACCAGAACCAUAGCUAGACCGGAUGUUGCUGAAGUCUGUAUUCAGGCACUAAAUUUUGAGGAGGCCCAAUUUAAGGCAUUUGACUUGGCAUCAAAACCUGAGGGUGCAGGUACACCAACAAGGGACUUCAAGGCUUUGUUCUCGCAGAUCACUACUCGUUUUUGAAUUUGACUGUUGUUGUCACGGUCUAAAUAUCCUUAUCUAUAUUUCGGAUUGAAUCAAAAAAGCUACUAGUGCUACUUACAUUUAUGUGAAAUCCGUCACCAAUGGAGAGACAAACAACUAGCAGAUUUAGUGACGAAAAGUAAUCUGUCUUAAAUUGGCAUGAAAUUCAGAUCCUAAAUCCAUCUCUAAGUUUGUGAGGGAAUAUAUGGCGUUGCUAUGAGUGACGAAAUUUAUCCA